AUGGCAGCAAAGACCGCAAAGACCGACGAGGAGGCUUUGGAGUCAUUGGAGGAAAAGCCUCUCUUGCAUGAUGAUGCCCGCAAGCUGCUGCCCAAGGUCUUCUGGAGCGUGGCUCUCAUCGCAGUUUCUGCCACGCUGAUUACCUACAACAAGUACUUGAUUCAUCCUUCCCGGUUCCCCUAUCCGGUGAUGUUGGUCUUUCUUCACAUGGCCGGUGGCUCCGUGCUGAGCACACUGCUUCUUCUGGUCGCUCCGAGACUGUUCCCGGCCCUCACAGAUCCAGACAAGAAGGGACACGUCGACCUCCAUCUCGUGGCUCGCGUAAUGCCCGUCGGCUUGGCCUUCGUGACGUCGCUGAUACUGAGCAACACCGCGUACCAGUAUGCUAGCAUACCUUUUCUGCAGAUGAUAAAGCAGAGCAACGUGAUCAUCGUCUUCAUGCUUUCGCUCUUGCUGGGACUGGAGCAGUUCCGUGCCCGACUGGUUUUCGUGCUUUUUGGCGUCAUGCUUGCCACGACACUCACCGUGCAUGGCGAGGUGAACUUCUCGCUCACGGGGCUCCUCAUACAGCUGCUCUGCAACUUCGCGGAGUCCUCGAAGGUCGUGAUGCAAGGAGUUCUGCUCUCUGGUGCUCUUCGGCUCGACCCCAUGUCCUUCGUAGCCGUCGUCUCGCCGCUCUGCGGCGCUCUCCUAGGAGGCCUCAUUCUGCUCCAGCCGCGAGUCCACGCCCUGUCUUGGAUCGUUCUUCCUGCGGCUGAGACCUUCCGACGCUGUGGCUUGCUGUUGGCAGGUGCCGGGGUCCGGUGCCUUCAGCUUCAAAGCUCGAAAGGGCUUGUGCCUGCAGUGGCAUGA